GCGAGCAGAGUUCAAAGGUUGACCGGCGCCGUGUACACUUUUCUAGAACGGGAGUUAGUCAGAAAGACUGUAACCAGGCAGAAUGGCGGUUUAUGAAACUCUCCUCUUACAUACCCAGGAUGAUAAAUUCUACAUCGAAGCAAGGGAUCCUGGAACGAAGGAGGUUCUCGUCAUCGAUAGACUCAGCCAGGAGAUCAUUCUUGAAGAAAAUGGCCUUGGCAUUCCACCAGGAGCAAGUAAGCCCAUAUGUGGUAUUAUGGGCAUUAUCAAACUGCUGAGAGGGUCAUAUCUGGUGGUAAUAACCAAGAAAACAAAGGUAGGAGAGAUCAAUGGCCAACUCAUCUGGAAGGUGGCUGGAACUGAGACUAUACCCUACAAAAGAACUGAUCUGCAUCUCACUGAGGAACAGAAAGAAGACAACAAGGUGUAUGAAUCCAUGGUUCAAUAUGCUUUGGAGAACAACACUUACUAUUUCUCAACGACCUUUGACCUCACGCAUUCACUACAAAGGUUAUAUAACACCAGUCCAGAGUUCUUACAGAUGCCUCUAUUUGAGAGGGCUGAUCAGAGGUAUGUUUGGAAUGGCCACAUGCUUAGAGAGUUCACAGCACAACCUGAGCUGGGCAAGUUCAUUCUUCCUGUCAUGGUAGGCUUCAUCUCGAUACGGAUAGGCAUCCUCAACACCAAGAGGUUUGACUACAUCCUCAUCUCAAGACGAAGCUGCCUGAGAGCAGGGACGCGGUUCUACAUGAGAGGAUUGGAUGAGCAGGGACAAGCGGCUAACUUUGUAGAGACAGAACAGAUUGUGCAAUUCAACGGCAGCAGGGCUUCAUUUGUCCAGACACGAGGUUCCAUUCCAUUAUUUUGGUCGCAGAGACCGAACCUGAAAUACAAACCAGUUCCACAUAUCAGUGAAUCACAGAGUCACCUGGAUGCAUUCAAGAGGCAUUUUGAUGAUCAGGUGGUGAACUAUGGUAAUCAAGUCCUCAUUAAUCUGAUUGAUCACAAAGGAGCAGAGAACAGAUUGGAGAAGAUGUUUGCCAAGACGGUCUAUGAAUCAGGCAACCAGAUGAUGAGGUACGAGGCUUUUGAUUUCCACCAUGAGUGCCGUAAGAUGAGAUGGGAUAGACUCUCUAUACUCAUGGACAAACUAGCCAAAGAUCAACAGCAAUUUGGGUACUUCUGGAUGGAUGCCAACAAUGAGCUACUCAAACACCAGGUUGGUGUGUUCAGAACAAACUGCAUGGACUGCUUAGAUAGGACCAAUGUUGUACAGAGCAUGCUGGCUAGGAGAGCACUUCAAGAUCAAAUGCAGCAAAUGGGAAUCUUGAAACAGGGUGAGAAUUUGGAUGAUCAUUAUACUGCCGCAUUUGAAUCAACAUUUAAGAACACUUGGGCAGAUAAUGCAGAUGCAUGCUCCAAGCAAUAUGCCGGUACAGGAGCUCUCAAGACAGACUUUACAAGAACUGGAAAGAGGACGAAAUUUGGACUGCUCAAAGACGGCAUGAACUCCUUGAUCCGUUACUACAUGAACAACUUUGUAGAUGGUUUCAGACAGGAUUCUACUGACCUGUUGCUAGGCAACUAUGUUGUAGAGGAAGGUGAAGGUGUGACACGACCGUCUCCCAUACGCAAGAGCAAGGAUGCCAAGUUCAUGCUGUUACCAGCCAUCGCCAUGGUAGCAUUCUCCAUGCUUCUCAUUAGCAUGCUUAUUCCAGCUGCCGAGCUUCAUUUACAGAUUGCAUACAUCCUGUUCUGGUUAGCUGCUACUGUCAUCUGUGUUGGUUUGAUGGGGGUGUUUGGUAUUGAGUUUAUAGAUCAACCCAAGCUCUCUCAAGCAAAAGUCAAGAGUGAUUAAAUAACUCAUUAGUACCCCUCUCUGUGUCUGUCUGUCUCUCUCUCUCUCUUGCUCUCUUUGUCUCUGUCUCUCACAAUCCUCUGUUGCUCUUUUCUUAAUAUUAUUUUUCCUAUCCAUCCCUCUUUCUCCUGUGCUGCUC